AUGGAUUUAGCUAAGGGUGGUGAUCUUUUAUAAAGAAUAAAUUUUUCAAGAAAUAAUAUCUAACUUAUUAAAGAGGAAGAAAUUUGGAUGAUAUUUUUUCAUACAUUAUCUGGAAUAGAUGUACUUCACUAAAAAAAGAUUGUACACAGAGAUAUUAAACCUGCAAAUAUAUUUCUGGCGAAUGAUGGUAAAGCUUAAAUUGGAGACCUAAAUGUCAGUAAAAUCGCAAAAUAAAAAUUUCUUACUACCUUCACUGGGACUCCCUUUUACAUGAGUCCUGAAAUAUAUAAAGGAUUACCAUAUGAUGAAAAAACUGAUAUAUGGUCACUUGGCUGUAUUUUAUAUGAAUUAGCUACUCUUUAACCACCGUUUACUGCAAAUAAUAUUAUGGAUCUACGAUUAAAAUAAAUCCCUAAACAAGACUCUCUUGCUAGUAGAUUUUUGAAACUUAAUCAUUCAAGAAUGGGUGUGAUAACAUCUUGA